AUGCUACAAGAAACUAAUUUAAGAGGUAGUAGAGAACGACGCCUAUUCGUGUCCGAAUUCACAGAAACUAAACAACACAAAUACUCAAUAGCCUUUAAUGGACCCGAGGCACAGUCGGCUCUCAUUAUAAAAGCGGAAAAAGCAAAAGACAAAUUCAAAAUUAAAAAGAAAAAUUAUUUUUCUUUCUACCUAUCAAGGAGAACCCAACCUUAUGUGGCGGAUCAACUAAUUGAAACCACAGCAACUCAAGAAUUAUACAUGAUCAUUAGUGUAUAUAUCCCAACUAUCAGUAAUUCCGCACGGAGGGAAUUACAUGGAGAUAUCUUACAUGAUUUGACGGUCAACAUAAAAGCAAUUAAAAAAAAGAUACAAAGAAAAUACUCAAGAAAGUUACAUAUCAUUUUGGGUGGAGAUUUCAACUCUUCAACGGAUGAUUUGACAGGAAAUACAGCAGACGGAACCUUUCAACCAAAUGAUAUUACACAAAAUUUAUUGAGGCUUAUAAAGGAAAACAAUUUAGAAGACACAUUUAGAUCUAUCAUCCCAACUAUGCAAGUCGCUACGAAUUUAUCCAACGGCAAUAAUCGAAGGUUGGACAGAAUAUAUUUAUCCCACGAUACAAUGGAUCAAUUACAUAGUUUCCAACUUAUUCCGCGGGAAGUACCAAAAGCGACUUUCCAAAAUCAACAACCAAACAAUUUCCUGUCAUUACUCCGAAAUAUGAAAGUCACAUCCCAAUUAUAUUCUAGAGCAAAAUCGAUCAUGCAGAAAAUGACAGAAAUUGGUCAUCACGAAAUUGAAGAAGAUGUGUGGGACAAAGGUCGUUAUAUUUUCCAUGGAACUGAACACUCACACGUUACCACAAAAAUGAAAAAUGAAACAGAAACUCAAGUGGGAUCCACUACAAAAGAAAUCCUUAAAAUUGCCACCGAUUUUUAUGCAAGACUAUUUGACACCCCCAUGGAAAUACCGGAAGACGAUAGAAUUGAUGAAUAUUUAGAAGAUUUUGAUAGGCAAAUAACAACAGAGGUCCAGCGGGAUUUAGAUAAACCAUUUGAAUUAAAAGAGUUGCAAGUGGCAUUAGAACAAUCAAUCAAUAAAACUGUACCUGGAGAAGACGGGUUUCCAUAUUCUUUUUACCUUUCUCAUUGGGAUAUGGUCGCCGACAGUCUAUUGAAGGAAGCCAAUCAAUUAAGAAUAACAGGAGUAUUAUCCCCGAUGUUUAAUAAAGUAUUAAUAUCGCUCAUCCCAAAAAAAGAGUCAUCCACACGAAUAGAUCAACAAAGACCUAUAUCGUUGACCAACACUAGCCUCAAGCUAAUUUCAACCAUGAUCAACUUGAGAUUACUUCCGGUUUUGGACCCAAUAAUAGGAAUUGAACAAAGAGGUUUCAUGCCGAACAGAACCAUGGAUGAAGCAAUUAAACAACUUAAAACGUUGGCAAAUAUACUACAAGAAAACCCAAUAUAUUACGAAGAUGCAGGUAUUAUAGUUAUUGAUUUCCAGAAAGCUUUCGAUUCGUUUAACCAUAAGUACCUUAGGCGGGUGUUAGAGAAAAUAAAUAUAGGUACAAAUAUGAGAAAGUGUAUAACUGCUAUUCUAACUCAACAGUCAGCUUCAAUCUACUUAAAUAAAACAAUCGGCUGCCCCUUUCCACUCAAAAGAGGCACACGACAAGGGAACCCUUUAUCACCACUUAUUUUCAAUCUUAUGUUGGAGCCGUUACUUAACAAGAUAAAUCAAAAAUGUCAAGGUAUCACAAUUCCAAGUUGCUACAUCCCAGACAUAAGGGCAAAGUAUCAAGCUUAUGCUGAUGACUUGGUCAUAUUUGCAACUGGAGAAGAUUAUAAAAUCGUGAAGGAAGAAUUAGACGAAUAUUGUCAAGUCUCAUCUAGUGCGGUCAAUACACAGAAAUCCGAAAUAUUUUUCGCCCAUUUCAGACAAUUGGAAACAUGGAAUGGAACACUACCAUACCCAGCUCAUCUUCUAUCUGAUUUUAAGACAUACUUAGGGAUCAAAAUUUUUGACAUGGAUUAUAAAGAAAAAAUCAAAGACAUAAUGAAGCCAUUAAAUUCGAGAGCGGUGACAGAUAUGCCGAUGCAUGAGAGAGCGCUAAUAAUUAAUUCCUUCGUCUACUCAAAAAUAUAUUUCCAUGAUAUACACCACCCGUUCCAGAUGAAUGAAAUAGUGGAACUCGAUAAGGUGAUUAAAGACAAGCUACCUCAAAUGAAUCUGCUUCGACUACAUGCCCAUCCGGAAAAGGGAGGCAUAAAUUUGACGGACUUGACCUACCAAUUGAAAGGGAAAAGAGCAAAGCAAAUACUCUUGUUGUUCGACGAGUCGGAAAAUUGGUAUUCGGUAUACUUGAGGGAUAAGAUCCAACAAUUUUUAUUCUGGUACGCCGAACCAAACAAUAUCCUAUGGAUGCAAUUCCUUAGUGGGGCGAAAUUGAAAUCUAAUCAGCGAGAUGAAGGAGGCCGGCGACAGA